GUCGCCCUCACCGUCCCGCAGUCCAAGCUCGUCGACCACAAGCGCGGCCGCACCGAGGUCUUCGACGGAUUCUCCGCCGUCCUGCCACCCGACUGCUCGCAGCAUGACCUCUUCAGUCAAGUGAUGAAUCCGCUUGUGGAUGACUUUUUGGGAGGAAAGAGUGGCCUCCUGGUUGCAAUGGGUCCGACUGGGUCUGGGAAGACGCAUACCGUCUUUGGCACUGCAAGACAUCCUGGUAUUGUACCUCUCACGCUACAGAAGAUCUUCAAUACGGCAGAUGAAAGCGAUGUUGGCAAUCAACCGACAAGAUCGUUUUGCUUGUCAAUGUUUGAGAUACUUUCUGAAGGAAAAGCAGAAAGGAUUCUCGACCUACUGUCUGAUGCAACUGACCUUGUCCUCCAGCAGUCAUCUAUAAUUAAAGGUCUUAAAGAGGUGGAUAUUUCAAAUUUCAUGGAUGCUGAGAGCUUAGUUUCACGUGGUAUGCUUAAGCGUAGCACAGCUGCAACAAAUGCUAACAGCGAGUCAAGCCGAUCACAGUGCAUUAUCACUGUACGUGCUACUCAUAAAAAUAAUGACCUACAAAGUGAGCACCUAAUUGGUGGAUCUGUUCUGACCAUAGCAGACCUUGCCGGCGCGGAGCGAAAAAAGAGCACCGGAAAUAUGGGUUCAAGGUUGUUAGAGAGUAAUUUCAUCAACAACACAUCCAUGGUUUUUGGGAACUGUUUGAGGGCUUUGUUAGAUCAUCAGAAAAAUCAGAAGAAAACCUUGGAAAAACAUUUCAAGAACUCAAUGUUGACAAGGUACUUGAGAGAUUAUCUGGAAGGAAGGAAGAAAAUGACACUUAUUUUGAACGUGAAACAAGGAGAUGAUGAUUAUUCGGAUACAUCAUAUUUGCUCAGACAAGCAUCUCCUUACAUGAAAAUAAGAUACACCAGCCUUGACGAUUCUUCUGACUUGGCUUCCCAAAAGAGAAGCAGUGUUUCCUUGAUCUGCCAAGAAAACAAGAAAAGAAGAAAAGUUCAUAAGCCUGAAGCUCUUACGGCUGAAGGAAAGGGCAGCGUUGAUAAAUCUGACGAAAUUAAACUUUCUGAAAGAGAUGAAUUUCUCAAUUCAGAGCUGCAAAGAGUGUCCCGAAAUGAACAAAUAAUGAAGAACCUUUUCAGGGCCCUAUGGGCUGUUUCAAAACAAAAACUUAUGGAAUCCGAGAGCGCUGCUAGAAGCAUGAAAGAAUUGCUCAGUGAGAAAGACAUCCAAAUUAGAGAGCUGAAAAAGGAGUUGAAUGACCUGAAGUCUUGUUCACAUGAGAAGCUUCCAGUUGCUGAAGAUACCCAUUUGGAGCAAAAUGAUGCUGUAUCCCCUGGCCAAGCUGAUCUAAGCUCGGCUUCUCAAUCUAAUCAAACUGACCUGGGAUCCAGUGACGUUGCAUUUGAUGAUUUCCAUUUGGGCACUGAGUUAGUAGUAGAAGAGGUCUCAGAAGAAUUCACAUGUUACGAUUCUGAAAAAUCUUCAGCUAAUUCUGACAAGAAAGGGAAGUUCGUUGACUGUGAUACCUCUGUUACUAACUUGAUAGAGGAUCAAGAGUUGAACUCGAGAUCUCUGAAGACAGAGGAACCGUGUACUUCUGAUGCGUUUGUUCCCAAGUGCAAUGUCCAAAAGGAAAGUACUGAGAUAAUGGGACAAAUGGUUGAUAAGAAAUUGGAUAAUUCUGAGAGGUUUUCUGAACAAGCAUCUGUGCAUGAUGGUGCUGUAACACAUGCAACCAGUCAUUUGGAUCAUCCAUCUGAUCAAAGCUUUACAGAUCAUCAUAUACUUCCAUGUAUAAAGCGUGAACAUGCCAGCCUGUCCGCACAUGGUUGUGGUCCCAUGGAACAAAGUGAAGAAGAGUUAAGCAAACUGGAGGAUAGUCAACAUGGUGUUGAUGUAAAAGAAAUGAAGCAUCUGCAUGCCGAAGGAACUACAGAUGAGAAAGAGAACUGUCCAUCACAAGUAAUUAAAGAUAAAAAGGAGGACCAUCAGGCAGAAGGAAUCACAGAUAAAAAAGAGGACCUUUCUGCUUCCCAGCCUAGCAAGACAAAGAGAAGUACAAGCAGGAGGUUGCUGCCGGUAUCGGCCAUGAUGCUAAAAGAGUUCACCGGGCCCAACAUGGAUGUUGCCGUGGAUGCGAAGAGGGCAGCGGAUGUAGGCGGUAAAUCGUCAGGUGAGGCUGCUCCAGGUGGGAGAUCGGAGAAGCUAAUUCAGCUGCUGAGAGCCCGUCCGGUCACCAAGACUCACCACCGUAGCUAAGCAGUAGAGUAGAAUUUCUUUUUUGUUUUGUUUAGGAAGAGAAAAGUGGCAUAACAGAUAGUGAAAUCAUGAUCACUUUGUGCUUUGUCUAUAUCUCCACGCUGCUUGCUUUUCUAUGACUUCUGUGAACCCGGUUUAAGGCCAAUCAUCAGAUGAAAGGGAAAAUUUGAAGUCCCUGUCAGAGCCAGGUUCUGUAAAUCUGUUUAUGUGCUCAUAAAUUUCAGUGGCCAUAAUCCAAGACAAAAGUUCUGCUCU